CAAAUCUAAAGACACCCCACCACUGCUUCCAUCCCCACCUUUUCCCCUUCCUCCUAAGAAAAUAGUGGAAAAGAAAUGGCAUCAUCACCAUCAUCAUCAAACAUACCAGUCUUCAAUUCCAAACAAUUCUCUUUUCUUCACCUUUGUUGCCUCUCCUUCCCUCUCUCUCCAGUUGUUGCGUGUACUUUCCAACUCCCAUUCUCCUCCUCCAAGUAUUCUCUCACUUUUCAAAACCAUACACUUCCCCUGCUUUCCUCUCCCACUGUUCUUCCUCCCCAUUUCACUACAUAAGUUUAUUUUCUUUGUGCUUCUGGGCCCAACCUUCCAACCAACAAGAUCUCAGCGCAUUUUGUUGAUGACCGUUGCAAGGGAACCAUAAAUCUGUGUUACAUAUACAGAGAGGCCAUGGGUCGAAGGUUACUCUGUCUAAUCAUCAUCUUCCUUCUGGAUUUAGCAUCUUGUACAGGGACUCCUACGAUCUAUGGCACACGGGGCGCAGAUAUGGUGACUCCAACAACAGGAGGGGUUCCAGUCAUCAUCCCCACCACUACAUCACCAACGCCCCCUUCGGCUCCUGCAACAGUCACAUCACCGACAACCCCCACAAUGAUGACACCCCCAACUGCUCCCAAUACAGGCACACCAACAACACCAACAGGAGGAGGAGGAGGGCAGAGCUGGUGCAUAGCGAACCCGAGCUCAUCACAGACUGCAUUGCAGGUGGCCCUGGACUACGCUUGCGGUUACGGAGGGGCAGAUUGCUCAGCCAUACAGCCAGGAGCUGGCUGCUAUAACCCCAACACACUCCGCGACCAUGCCUCCUAUGCUUUCAACAACUACUAUCAGAAGAAUCUAGCUCCCACUAGCUGCGACUUUGGAGGAACCGCUGUCAUAACCUCCACUGAUCCAAGUUCUUCGACUUGUACGUAUCCAUCAACAAGCUCGACACCAUCGGUUAUAAACACAACCAACCCGACAGGUUCCACUAUAUCGGGAUCAGAACCCUAUGGCUCCAGUAGCGCAGUUUCCACCAUUGUGAGGGUACCUCUCAUCUUUGCCUUGGCAUUGAUUCUGAGUGCACUCACUGUACCCGGCCACAUAUGAUAAUCCACCGACAAAAGCUUCAUAGAACCCACUUGGUUCUUGGAUGGGGAACUCCUCUGUGGAAGCCCCCUGUGGAGCUAAACGCAUUGGUUUGUGUCGUUGUACCAGAGGCACAAGAGUGUUACAAAUUUUUGGUAUCCAUAGAAUCAAGCAGAUACGAUCAAGGUGCAGACGUGAGCAAGUCUUUGCUUCUUCUCAUUUUCUUCUUUUAUGCAGAGAUAUGUCUAAUGUUCAUAUUGCAGGAUGACAGUUUCCUAAAUUUGGAUAUACUAAGAACCUAAAAUUCAUGACUUGGGCAUAAAAUGUCUCGAUCCAUGUGGACAUCAUUUGAGAUAUGCUUCAUUGCAUAAUUGUAAUCUCCAUUUAUUGUACAGUGAACACUAGAUAAUAAGAAAUGGAAAACUUUAAU